CUCAGCAGGGAGGCAUGGCUGAAUGCGGACUGUUCUUGCUCACUUCGGCAAACUACGCUGCGCGAAUGUCUGUUGCGUUGUGAUUUCUCCUGUCAUUCGUCACAUUUUGGCAACAUAUUGACAGAGUAACCACCACUAUCCGGAUUAACAAGAAGAAUUGCAAAGGAUUUUGGCGCAGAGAAAGGUUCUCCGAUCUCCAGUUGGUUGGUCGCCCCGAUCCUUCUUCACCCAUGUCAGUCUGAAGACAACACCGAGGAUAUAGAUCCGGCUUCGGGCAAGAAAAGCGUCUGGAGAGAAGACGACGAGAGUUAACUGAACUUGUCUAUUUGGGUGGAUCUGUUUUCUUCGUGUGGACUAGAAUAGCGUGAUGGGAUCUGAGUCUUCCACAAACGCGGUUUGUAACGCUUAAAUUAACUUACUCGCACGGCACAAGUCACCAGUAAUUCAGGAAGUAUUGGCUUUUGCUUUACCAAGGAGACUGAAUUUACAUAAGACUUUAACGCCAAAAUUCAUCUAUCACAUCUUGGCGAGUUUCCGUGGAUUUUUACUGCGACGGGGUUGUGAUACUUGUGCCCGAGUCUCCAAGCUGGCAGGAGGGAUGCGCUUGUUGCUAUGAAUACACGAUCAGACCGCACUGUUGAAUAAAAGGAAACAUUCAUAUCUACUAUUGCCCCGCACUAUUUGAAAGAACUUUGGCACAUACAUGUGGUAAAAAUCCAUUACAAGCCUUUCACAAAUGAUAGAUCGACUGCGUUUUGUCUGCAUAUGACUUUUAACACCACGUUUCUGUAGCCUAAUCGCCAACAUCAGUUGCAAAGCGCACAGUGUGGACAAAUCUCAUCGCUCAGGUGCAGUCAUAUUGGUAUAUUACAUUCACUGGACUGGCAAGGCAAACAACUCAUUUAUUUUUCUCUAAAAGGCCGGACACUCUAAUGUGAACCCAGCUCUAUCUAUCCCCGUUGAAGUUGUUCCGAGGACACUACAAAGGACUGCAGGUCAGAGAUAGAUAAUGCCGCAACUGGAAACGAUUCUGUUUAUUUUUCACAUCUUCUGGACGUGCGUGUUCACGCAAGAACCGGCCUCCAAGGUGGUUGCCGACCGCUAUGCAGUCUAUUGGAAUCGCACGAAUCCCAGGUUCUACCGGGGCGACUACCACAUAGACGUGUGCAUCAAUGACUACUUGGACGUGUACUGCCCGCACUACAUGGACUCGGUGCCGGAGGAGCGCACGGAGCGCUACGUGCUGUACAUGGUGAACUACGACGGCUACAGCUCCUGCGACCACACGGCCAAGGGCUUCAAGCGCUGGGAGUGCAACCGGCCCCACUCGCCCAACGGCCCGCUCAAGUUCUCGGAGAAGUUCCAGCUCUUCACGCCCUUCAGCCUGGGGUUCGAGUUCCGGCCGGGCCGCGAGUACUACUACAUCUCCUCCACCGUGGCUGAGAACGGCAGACGGAGCUGCCUCAGGCUGAAGGUUUUCGUCAGACCAGCCAACAACUGUGUGAAAACUAUCACUGUUCAUGAUCAGGUGUUUGACGUCAAUGACAAAGUGGAUAACUCAAUAGAGCCUCGAGAUGACACGAGCCACGAGUCUGCAGAGCCGUCCAGAGGGGACGUGAACGCCGCUGCCCCCUGCAGGAUGUCGGCCGUACUGCAGGCUGCUGCUCUGCUCCUCCUGGCUGCCCUGGCUUCCUUAUAGCCUCCCCCAGCCCCCCACCACACGCCGGAGGAUCACACAUACACUCACAUACACACACACAUAUAAACACACACACACACACACACACACAUAUAUAUAUCUACACACACACACACCUGUGGAGAGGGCCACUCUAAAAAGCACUUUUUCAAUCCAAUUUUUACUCAUCUCUCUCUAUCUAUCUAUAUCGAUCGAUCAAGCUAUCUCUCCCUCUAUCUCUUCAUCACUUUUCUUGAUCUCUUCUCUCUCUCUCCGUGACUAUUAUCCCCCAUCUGCGACUCGUUUCAGUCGGCUGGGAUCAACGAGACGGCCCUUCUUUUGUUACUUUUAUGUCUCUCUCUCUCUCUCUCUCUGUCUUGAAAGUUACAGUUACCAGUAAGAUGCCAAAAGUGUUUUUGACACUGCAGUGUUUCUGCUUGUACAGUGGGGUCAUUUUUUUCCAUCACGUCUCCUUUUUCCCAGCUAACACUCAAACAAUUAUUAUCCUCCCCCUUCCCUCCACCCCGCCCCCCUGUCCUGUCCCCCCUUUGAAAACAUAAAACACAACACGCUCAACAAACAACACGUGAAUUAUCUUCAAACCGCUCGCACGUCUUUGUUGGUCUGGUUAAUAAAAAAAAAUGGUUCUGAUGUGGAGAGAGAGGAAAAAGGAAGGAGAAAGAAAAAAAAAAGCAAAAUGGACGUUUUGUGGAUGGACUCGAGCCUUGAGGUCUAAAAAAAAAAAAGAA